CAAGUCUGAAAUGGCACCCCUAAGGUUAAAACGGUCCAAAGUGUGGCUUCAUUUCACAUUACAUAAGGAUGGCAACAGGGCGUUUUGCAACCACUGCAAAUUGUUGAUAACAUCGGCGGGAGGGAAUACUUCAAAUAUGCAUAAACAUCUGCGCACACAACACGGGAUAAACUUUAACGAGUGUCGCGUUUUUGAUGCCCUUCGGAGUGACAGCAGCCAAGCUUCUACGACCACCGUGACCUUGGGGGCUAACACCGAAGGCAACUCUGGUGGGAGAUGACAAAGGUUCUCAAUCCAAAAUACAAAGCCCCCAGCAGGGAAAGCUUAACCAACCACUUAAUCCCUGCUUGGUAUGGUGUGGAAAAGGGAAAUGUGAUCUCUGAACUGAAAACAGUGUCAAAGGCAGCUAUCACGGCUGAUGGGUGGACAAGCUUUUGUCAGGAUCAUUAUCUCACGGUUACUCUGCACUACGUGAGCAAUGGCCAGGUAAAGGAAAAGGUCCUAAAAACCAAAGCCGUGUACCAAUCUCAGACAGGCUCAGCUGUAGCAGAGGAGAUUGAUUACAUUUUAGAAGAAUAUGGUGUACGGGAAAAGGUUGUGGCAGCAACUGUAGACAAUGCAGCGAACAUGGAUGUAGCCAUCAAACAGCUGCAAAUUGUCAAAUUUCCAUGCUUCGCUCAUACGCUGAACCUGGGAGCGCAAAAGCUGUACAACUGCACUGCCAUAUCCAAUUGGGCAGCACGAGUUCGAGCAGUUGUUGUCUGGAUGAAGAGGUCCCACAUGGCAAAAGUUGUUCUUAAAGAGAAACAAGACUUGCUCAAGCUGCCCAAGCACAUGCUCCUCCUGGAUGUAAGGACCAGAUGGAAUUCCCUCUAUUUGAUGAUGGAGAGAUUCACCGAGCAGUUCCCUGCUAUCCAGGCUGCAGCCAUAGAUCCACGCAUAAGAAGACCCAUGGAGAAGGAAAGGUUGGACAGAAUAGGCAACGAGGACUUAAGGAAAGCAGAGGAGUUUGUGCAUCUCAUGCGGAAGCAUUACACCUCCACACUGGCCGUCUCCAGCGACAAAAGUGCAACCUGCGGUGAGAUUUUGCCCAUCUUGCAGAAGCUGGAGCAACAGUACACUGUGCAGGAAGGUGACUCUGCGUUCACAAGGAGCAUCAAGGAGAACAUUUGGAAGGAUCUCUCCAAACGCUACCAGGGAACUGACAUUCAGAGAUUCCUGGAGGAAGCCACCAUCUUGGACCCCAGAUUUAAAUACAAAGUGAAAAGUGAUGCAGUCUGCGACAGGAUCAGGGAAGCUGCAAUAACAGCAAAUACAGUGGCAGCAAGAGAUGAGCUCCCAGGGGAAGGAGAGACACAGAGGGAAGGCUGCGAAGAUGGGGAGGAGGAAGAAGUAGAGGAACACUAUGCACUGCCACCACCAUCAAAAAAGACAGCCUUGGAAGAACUAUUCGAGGAGGAGGACAACGAGCUGCAGUCAAUCCGUGAAUCACAGCCCCGUCUUUCCCUGGCUCAGAAGGUGGAUCAGGAAAUCCAGUUCUACAAAAGCCUGCCCUCCAUCCCCUGCAGGGAUAGCGCCGCACUGUGGUGGUGGAACAAGCAGGAUACGCUGCCCUUGCUAUCUGGACUGGCUGAAAACUACCUCUGUGUGCAGGCUUCCUCCACCCCAUCUGAGAGGGUGUUCUCCACGGCUGGAGACACCAUAAGCCCCGAAAGAUCCCGUAUCCUUCCAGAAAAAGCAGAUAUGCUCAUAUUUCUGAAAAAGAACUGUUAAUUUUCCCUACUACUACUUGAGUGCACACACACACUCACACUCACACUCACACUCACACUCACACUCACACUCACACUCACACUCACACUCACACACACACACACACA